UUUCCCUUCCCCUCUCAUUUGUUCAGUCUUCCUUUGGCCAGAUGGUGGAGUUUGAAAUUGGUCAAAGGCUUCAUUGCAGAGAUAUCUUUUAACCUGUGGAGCGAAGGUCUAAACAAGCUUGAAAUCAAGAGUCUGAGCACCAUGAAAACAAUAAUUGCUGCCUAUUCCCAGAACCAGAGUGGGAGUCAUGCCAGCAUCCAGGCUGCCCUUUGGACUCUGCUUGAUGUGCCCUGGCUGUCCAAAAAGGAUUUCAAGGCCUGCAUCCAGCUGCUUGCAGUCCUCCAGUGGGUGCUCAGUUUCCUGCUGAUGGGAAUUGUUUUCCUGCUUCUUCUCAUCUAUUUGCUUUUCACCAAUUUCUGGCCUGUUCCUGCCCUCUACUUGACUUGGCUUAUUUUCGAUUGGGACACACCUGAGAAAGGUGGGAGGAGUUCUUCCUGGGUACGAAACUGGUUAAUCUGGAAUCAUUUUCGAGAUUAUUUUCCUAUUCAGCUGGUAAAGACUCAUAACUUGCUGCCAAGCCACAACUAUAUUGUGGGUGUCCACCCUCAUGGGAUUCUCUGCGUUGGUGCUUUCUGCAACUUUGUCACUCGUUCCACAGGCUUCUGUGAAAAAUUCCCAGGCAUCAGACCCUUUCUGGCCACCCUUGCAGGCAAUUUCCGCUUGCCUGUUUUCAGAGAAUACUUGAUGAGUGGCGGUUUGUGUCCUGUGACUCGCCGAGCAAUCGGGCACUUGAUUUCCAGGAAUGGCACUGGAAAUGCUGUGGCCAUUGUUGUUGGGGGGGCUGCUGAAUCACUCUCUUGCAAGCCAGGACUGACUACCAUAAUCCUUAACAAACGGAAGGGCUUUGUCCGGAUGGCACUGCAGCAUGGGGCCCACCUGGUUCCCGCUUUCUCUUUUGGAGAGAAUGACCUUUUCCAGCAGGUGGUAUUUGAAGAAGGCACCUGCAUGAAGAGCUUUCAAAACAGAUUCCAGAAACUUCUGGGCUUUGCUCCCUGUUUCUUUUAUGGAAGGGGCUUUACCUCUGUUCAUUCCCAAGGCUUCCUGCCUUUCCCCAGGCCCAUUACCACUGUCAUUGGGGAGCCUGUGACUGUGCCCAAGAUUGAGCAGCCAACCUGUGGGACAGUGGAUGCCUACCACGCGAUGUACGUGAAAGCUCUGCUCAAACUCUUCAAUGACCACAAAGUCCAGUACGGUCUGUCAGAGACAGCGGAAUUGCAGAUCCUGUGACUGAGGCCAAAGUCGCGGGGCAGGCGGCCCCUGAUCCUGAGAGUGUGUCUGCUUUCAGGCCUCUGAGCCGGACUUCAGGGGGUUGCUCUUUGGCAAAUGCUCCUGUCCUUCCUCUGGCACCUGAUGAUUCAUCUGAAAAACUGAACUUUUCCUCCUUUCUUCAUUUGCAGCAUAAAGGAGAGGCCAAAUCCAGGUUCAAGACCCAGUCCUAGCAGGGGAUGAUGUCAAGGCCUUGGUUGCAGCAUAAACAACAUAGUUUGGUUCACAUAGCUAAACUGGUUUCUUCACCCAGUACAGAAAGAACAGGAUGGGAUGUCUUGAAAUGUCUUGAGAGCAUUCCCUCCUGAAAUGUGCCUGUUUUCCUCCUGACGUGGUGCUGUUUUCAAAUUUCCCAUGGUUGAGAAAAAAGUGGGUCUUCCCUUAGUGCAGGAAACAGGGAGGCAGUUGUCCUGGAAGACCCGUCUUUAGGGAGACUCAAAUGUCAUAAACAGCCAGUUGGUCAUCAUCAGUACUUCUCCUGUGCUGGACUUCAGUUGUCUUCUUGACAAUGUGGCUGGGACAGAAAGAAGGUGCCUGCCUAAGCCAGUGGAUCUGGGUAUUAAGCAUGAAGAACGGCAGGUGACUGGGAGUUCCCUGACUAAGCCCAUGCACAGGGCAGCUGUCCUUUGCAAACCUGACUGAACAGUCAAGGGAAUGGGAAAAGGAUUUUCGUUUCUCUGGAAGCAUCCCAUGGAUCCCUAAAAAUUAACCCGUUCGUUGUAUUGUAAGCGUUCAGGCCUCUGAAAGUGGAGGCUCUCUGCCUGAGCCAGACUUCAGGGGGUUGCUCUUUGGCAAAUGCUCCUGUCCUUCCUCUGGCUGGAGCCCACUUUCGUCACAUUCAUGAAAUAAACUCUUAGCAAGAUUUUUCCCAGAACGGGCUCAAGCUCAUGACAGCUGUGAUAGAUCUACUAGUCUUCGAUGUGCCGCUGCCUUAUGAUUUUGCAGCUAACUUCUCUGUUGAUUGGGGCCCAUGUUAAUAGGCAUGUGUUGGGGGGUGCUAUUUGAAUUUUGACUUCAGCUACCAGAAUACCUUGGGCCAAUUGUGGCAAUGGUUGGAUACUGACAGAAUUUACUGCCACAGUAUAGAGCAUGGCUUUAAACAAGGAUGGGGAUGGAAAGGCCCAUCGAGGCUAUUAGUCCUGGUGGCUAAAUGCAGCCUCCAUUGUCAGGGGCAGUCAGACAGUACUGGUUGCAGCGACAGGCCUUGCUGGGCACCCCACAGGAUGUUGGAGCACCAUCAGAUUGAACCAGCACAGCUGCUCUGAGGUCCAGACCUCGGGUCACCCUGUGACCCACGUGCUGGCGGCGACUUCUUUAAAAACGGAGAGAAACGGCCUUCUCUGUCCUAGCAUCAAAAUAGAUCUGUUCAAGUACUGGGAGAGUGAGAUUUCCACUACUUGCAAUAGAACAAAAGUUUUCAGGAUUUCUGUAAUAAAUUGGUGCCAGAUAGAUAUUCUUUGUGUGAAGAGCAGACAUCUAAGGGCUGCAUUGUGUUGCUCAACUGACAAUUUGUAAAGACAGACCUCGUUUUCUUUGGCAAAGCAGGAGGCAGAAAAGAAUCCACUCUUCUGGCUCCACCGAGUGACAUUCAGUUUCAUUCCGGGGACUUUGUAAUCUCUUUCCAGGAGAUGAGAUUAUAGCUUUCUUUUCAAACUCCCCAAGAUAAUCCCAGGUGCCGUAUUGCCAUUCUGUGGCAAUACAGCUCAGAGAGACAUCACUAGGCUAGCACAUAAUUGUACGUAAGUGCCUUAGAACGUAAGUAUUUGGUCUCUUGAGAAGCAGAGCAGAUAAUGAUAAACAAAAGACAGUGGAGCAAUGGCCUCAGUCACCCACCUGUCAAUGUCAAACCUCCCCUUUACAUGUGGUUGGUGUAUUCAUGCCGCCAUGAUGUAUUCAGCCAUGCUUAUGCCUGUGCUCAGGGCUUUUUUUCUGGGAAAAGAGGUGGUGGAACUUAGUGGGUUGCUCUCGGAAAAAUAGUCACAUGGCUGGUGGCCCCACCCCCUGAUCUCCAGACAGAGGGGAGUUGAGAUUGCUCUCUGCGCCGCUCAGCAGCGCGGAGGGCAAUCUCAACUCCCCUCUGUCUGGAGAUCAGGGGGUGGGGCCACCAGCCAUGUGACCAUUUUCAAGAGGUUCUGGAACUCCGUUCCACCGCGUUCCUGCUGAAAAAAAGCCCUGCCUGUGCUGAUGCUUAAUAUUGCCCCAUCUGCUGCCCCCUCCAAGCAGCCCAAUAGCCUCAUUCUUCAAUACACAGAACGACUUGCACUGCCAGGAAUCUUUCCUCUUAUCCUCUCUGGUGCUGAGGGGACCAGAGACUGGGGCUAUGACCCCCUCCUUCUGAUACAAAUCCCAUCCUAAACUUUGCUGGGGUGACGUUGUUAAAGUCACAGUGUCAUAAAUUCCCCAUGACAUUUUAAGUUUGAUUUAUGACAAUAGAAGUGGUCCACUGGUAUCCUGUCCUUCUCUGGCUGGUAUAAUUGAAAGCUAGGACUGUGCUGUUAUGCUAGAUUUGCCUGGAUGUUUUUAUAUUGAUUCUUAUUGCUACUCACCCCGGGGCUUUGACUUUAGGUGGUCUGUAAACUGGAAAUGAAUAAAAUGGACAAGUGAA